CGAUAAAGGCCACACACUUCACAAAGAUCUUCAUCACAUUUGCACACACUCACCACGUACAUUUUCACACACAGAGCACUGCACUGUGCACCCACCCACAAACAGAGAGAGAGUGUUCUUGAGCUUUGCAGCAGAGUUCCUUCUUCCUUUUCAACAUCUCCCCCAUUCUCUAACAUCCCGCUUCUUAGAUCCCUUUCUGUUAAUCAUCUGUCUUUCAAGUUGUUCAUAUUUUGAGUUUGUAUUUUUUGACAAGAAAAAUGUUGUACAAAAAGCAAACUUAGACUAAGGAUUUCAAGAUAGUCAGGUGUUUUCAGAACUGAGGUCCCUUUUUUUGUUUGGCUUCCCUCAUUCAUUUCUAUUUCUUCCAAGUAAAUUCUCCUUUUUCUUUCUUUAUUUUCUGUUUUAGAGGGCUUAUUUGUUGUCCCUCCUCAAGGCCUGCUUAUUUGGGCCACAGGAUACACUAGAGGUUGUCUAUUUGUAUACCUCUUCAGAUCCUACCAUUUCUUUAAUUAAUUUCCUAGAACGGUUUUUGUGUGUGUAAAUCUUUUGUAGAGAAAAUCACCUGUUCUUUAAUUUUGAUAAGAAUCAGGUCGGUCUUUUCAGUUUCUUGGUCUCCUUUUUUGUUCUUCUUUCAGUUGUUCAGUUGGUAGUAGUAACGAGUAUUAAUUAUUUUGAGAUGGCAGCUGCAAUGGAUUUCUGGAAUAGUACACCUUUAGAUCUACAACUGGACCCUUUCAAGGGUGGUGAGUUGAUGGAAGCACUUGAGCCUUUUAUGAAAUCUGGUGCUUCCUCCCCUUCUUAUUCUUCUUCUUACUACAACCCUCAAUCUUUCUCUACUGCCUCCCCUUCUUCUUUUCCUUCUAUGGAUGACCAAUUCUUCUCUUUCUCUUCUUCUAGCCCUUCUACCUCCUCUUCUGCUCCCUACAACUCUCCCUCCUCCUCCUCCUUUCCAGCCCACUACCAGGCACAGUUCAAUAUGUACCCUGAAAGUUGUUACUCAUCCCAGUCGACAUAUGGGCUAGUAGACCAACAGGGCUCACUUGGGCUCAAUCAACUAACUCCCUCCCAGAUCCAUGAUAUCCAAUCCCGAUUCAGCCUCCAGAACCAAAAUCAACAUCAUAUGAUCUCCGGGCCUUUCCACCAACACUGGCCCGCUACUCGUCAGAGCCAAUCGCAGCAGCAGGCGCUUCCCUUCUUGGCCCCAAAGCCCGUUCCAAUGAAGCAUUCCGCCUCUCCUCCAAAGCCCACGAAACUCUACCGAGGAGUCAGGCAGCGCCACUGGGGCAAGUGGGUCGCUGAGAUCCGUCUACCCAAGAACCGGACCCGACUCUGGCUUGGUACCUUUGACACUGCCGAGGAGGCGGCCCUGGCCUACGACAAGGCGGCGUUCAAGCUGAGAGGCGACUUCGCGCGGCUGAACUUCCCUCACCUCCGCCAUAACGGGUCCCUCAUCGGCGGCGACUUCGGCGAGUACAAGCCUCUGCAUUCCUCCGUGGAUGCCAAGCUUCAGGCAAUCUGCCAGAGCCUGGCUGAAGGGAAGAGCAUUGACUGCAAGAAAUCGAAAGGGACAAGGCGGAAAGCGGCGGAAGAGGAGAAGGCCGCCGCCAAGACAGUUGACGCCGGAUCUGAGAGCGAAACCGGGUCGGGCCAUGUAACCGACGGCUCAUCUCCGGUGUCGGAUCUGACAGUUCCGGAUUUCACGGAAGAGGAAGGCACCUGGGAAGCCUGUUCGGAGAAUCUGAUGUUGGAGAAGUAUCCAUCUUAUGAGAUUGAUUGGGCAGCUCUUUAAGUUCAAAUUGAUGUUUUGUUUAGUCAAAAAAAAAAAAAAGAAAAAAAAUUGGUAGCGGUAUGGUGGUAGCUUGCUUAGUUUGUGAAGUUGUAGAUUAUGGUGGUGGUUUUUGUUUGUUUUAGUAACUUGGGGGGGGGGGGGAGGCUCUGCAAUGGAGUUUUUGGUAGUUGCAGGAUUAGGCCUCGGUCGUUGUCUGUUUUGUUUUUUUUGGGGGGAGGGUGGGGUCAGUGUAGAGGGGUAUGGGGGGUAAUACUCCUUUUAUUAUUAUUAGAGCAGUAAAUGGGCUGGUGGUUGGCCCAAUUACCAUCUUGGUCAAGCUGGUUUUAGUGUUGGCUGGACCAAGUUUUGGAUGGUUGUUAGUAGGAGUAGUGUACUAUUUUAUCUAUCUUAUGAUGAUGAUGUAAUGUUGAUUUUAAGGUGUCCAUAUAUUAUUUUGUUAUUAUUAGCAGUGUAAUAAUGAACCA